UCCCUAGUUCAGAUUCUGGAUAUGUCAAUUUCUCUCUCAGCAUGGCCAGUUAUUCCGAAACAAAGAGGAUAAGAUAAUACCACUCACAUUAUGCAACUCCUUUUCUCUUCUUCCCCACUCUUCCUCUUCCUCUUCCCCAUUUGAAUUUGCCACCAAAUUCUCUCCCUCCCUCUUAGCCAUGGGCGUGGCUUCCGUCAUCCACAACGGCGUUCGCAUUCCUCUCAAAUUCAACUCCGACCUUCCUAGGGUUUCAUCGCGAUCCCCAGCCCCAAAAUGGAGCAGACCUCACUCCAUUCACCAUCUUGUUCUUCGCCUCCGCACAGGUGGUGGUCGUGGUCGACAGUCUGUGCCAAUCGUGUGUUCUAGAGCAACUGAGCAGGACGAUGAUGUAUUUACUUCAGAAGGCGAGAGGAUUGAUCCUCAGUCAUAUGAUGGCAUUAGUAAUGUGGACACUUCUCACACUUCCACUCCGGAUAAAUCUAAGGGAGCUGAAGCUUAUGUUACUUCUGUAAGAACUGUAGCUUUUUGGGUGUGUGCAGCGGUAGCAUUUGGAGUUGGUGUGGGUUUUAAAGACGGUGUUGGCAAGGCAACCGAGUUUUUUGCCGGGUAUUUACUGGAGCAAAGUUUGUCAGUGGAUAACUUGUUUGUGUUUGUUCUGAUUUUCAAGUACUUCAAAGUGCCACUUAUGUAUCAGGGUCGUGUUCUUUCAUAUGGUAUUGCUGGUGCAAUCAUCUUUCGGUUGACAUUAAUACUACUCGGAACAGUCACACUCCAGAGGUUUGAGGCAGUAAAUCUUUUCCUCGCUGCAAUACUACUUUACUCAUCCUUCAAGUUAUUUUCCAGUGAAGAAGAUGACACUGAUCUAUCUGACAACUUUGUUGUGAAGACAUGCCAGAAAUUUAUCCCUGUCACCGCUGCUUAUGAUGGCAAUCGAUUUUUUACAAUUCAAGAGGGUGUGUGGAAGGCCACACCUUUACUUCUCACGGUAGCAGUUAUUGAGCUCAGUGAUAUAGCAUUCGCUGUCGACUCUAUACCAGCAGUUUUUGGAAUUACUCGGGAUCCUUUCAUAGUUUUCACUUCUAAUCUAUUUGCCAUCGUAGGUUUAAGGUCGCUUUACACACUCAUUUCUGAGGGUAUGGCAGACUUGGAGUAUUUACAGCCAUCAAUCGGUGUUGUUCUGGGCUUUAUUGGGUGUAAAAUGAUCCUGGAUUUUUUUGGGUUCCACAUAUCAACAGAGGUGUCUCUCGGUUUUGUAGCUACAAGUCUUAGCACUGGGGUGCUAUUAAGUCUAAUGAAGAAAUCUGACUAGCUUAUGAAGUAAUUCAAGCUCAGAGCAGUGUAAGGAAUACGCAGAUGGGAAACAUGUGAGGUUCAAGUUCGAAGGAAGUCUUGGAAUGGGUUUGCCGUGGGUGAUACGGAGACUGAAAAUUCCUCUUCAUCCAACAACGACAAACCAAUAACGCUGUGUCAUCAAUUGAUUAAUUAUAUAAGCUGGGUGAAUGAAGUCAUUCAGUUUUGUAAAUUUGGUUGUAAUGAGAAACAGAGGAAUGGUAGAAAAUCUCUUAGAUUGAUGUACAGUAGCAAGUUAUACAGUAAUUCUUUUGACCAAAUUAUUCUUCGUUCUUUUUUGGCUGAA